AUGCCCCUCCCAUACGUCCCAAUAUCCCCCCUCCUCCCCCUCGCCCUCCCCCUCCUCCUCCUCUGCCUCCUCACCCCAACCCUAACCCCCCCAGUCCAGAGCCAAUACAUCUCCCCGAUCCCCGCCCUCCCCCUGCCCAGCAACACCCCCAUCACCGCCACCUACCACGCCCCCACCCCUUACCUCUCCGAGCUCUCGGCCCCGAAACUCUCCGCCGUGAACGCCAGCGCCUUCGAAUGGUGGUACUUCGACGCCGUCGCCGCCCACAACCCCAACCUCUCCGCCGUGGUAACCUUCUUCACCAGCAGCCCCGCCGCGUUUCCCAUGGCGCCCCGGAAUGGCAGUUCCGUGGUCUGGAGUUAUGUCUAUGUCAGUUUACCGGAUUCUCCGUCGGGUCCCGGGGGGGAUGAAGCUGGGGGUGGGAAUGGGGGCAACGAUCGCGGCGAUAAGGGCGAUCAGGGCGAUAAAGGUGAUCAGGAGGAGCCCGGGGACUUGAUGGGAAGGGGGAUGCCGUACCGCCCGAUGAUCGGGGAUGGACGCGUGGUGAGUGAGAUGGGCGUCGCGGGGGAGGAGAGUGAGGGCAUCGUGUUGGGGGAUGGCGGCGGGUGGAAUGUGGGGUUCUGGGAGGGGUUGGGCGGGUGGGUUGCGAGUUCGGGGGGGUAUCCUGGUUUCUCCGGGGAGGGGUUUAAGAGGGGGAAGGGGAGGGGGAAGGGGAAGAAUAAGGGGAAAGGGGGCAAGAGGGUGGUUGCGCGUGGGCUUGGGGAUGGCAGCGGGGGGUUGUUGGCGAGGGGGAGGGCGGCUGCUCCUGCCGCUGCUGCUGCUGCUGCUGCUGCUGCUGCUGCUGCUGCUGCUGGGGCUACGGCAGGCCCGAAUCUGGAUGUUUGGGUCGGGUGGGAGGGGAGUAGGGCGACCGCCCCCCGAACGCCCUGCACAACAUCCCACCGGUUCGAUCCCUCACUGAGACUUGGGUCGAUCGGGUGGGUGAGCAUCGUGCCACAUGCGAAGGCCACCGUGGAUCUGAUCGUGGAUGGAGAGGAGGUCAAGUUCGAGGGAUAUGGGUACCAUGAUAAGAACUGGUCGGAACGCCCCUUUCACUCGCUCGUCAAGAAAUGGUUCUGGGGCCACGCGCACGUCGGCCCCUACUCGCUGGUCUGGUUCCAGGAGACGCCGCUCAACGCGCCGGUCCCCGUGGCCAGCGCGUCCGUCCUCAAAGAUGGGGUGACCGUGCUGAGCGGCUGUGAGGCCGGGAUUGUCAGCGUGCAGCGAGUCAGCCAUGCUGCGGCGUCCGGGUUCGCGGUCGAGGUGGUGAUGAGGGGGGUGAAUGUGACGAUGCUGGGGACGCGAGAGGUGGCGGGCGAUGGGCAGCACUUCUUCCGGUGGACGGGGACGGUCGAUGGGGAGGUGCUGGGCCAGAAAGUGAAUGGGGGAGUGGCGGUCUUUGAGGAGUUUGAUCUGUGA